CAUGGAGGAAGGGCUCAGCCAGUACAAGAACGCGCUCGUGGCCUACUUUGAGCUGUACCCGGGCCCCGAGGUCGACGUGCAACUGCUGCUCAGUCGCUGCCCGCAGUUCGCGACGCUCCUCGUGCAGAACCCGACGCUGUGCUUGCCUGUGCUGCAGACCGCGUACGGCCAGCCGACGCCGCUCCAGCUCAUCCACGUGCCUCCGUGCUUGAAGAAGCGCGUGAGCGCGCUCCGGAGCAAGGAGCUUGUCGGGCUCAUGGGCAUCGAGGGGACGGUCGUGCGCAUCGGCCAUGUGCGCAUGCUCGAGAAGGUCCGGCAGUACGAGUGCACCAAGUGCCACACGACAUGGGAAGUCUACUCCAAGCCCGAGGAGCAAAACAAAAUGACCCUUCCGAAAGCGUGCGUGGCCCGUGGGCAGUGCAAGUCGACCAACAUCCAAGAGCUCAAGAGCAACAAGGUCUGCUGCGACUACCAGCACAUCAAGCUCCAAGAGCAAGUGUCCAAGCUCGGCAUGGGUUCGAUCCCGCGCUCCAUCAUGGUCAUUCUCGAAGGUCCGCUGGUCGACAGCGUCAAGGCAGGCGACGACGUCGUUGUCGUCGGCACACUCCUCAAGUGCUGGAAACCGUGCAUCAAAGACGUUCGCUGCGAGCUGGAAACAAUGAUCCAAGCAAGCAGUAUUCGGUUGAAGAGCGCCAGCGGCACCACGCGGGCGCUCGUGACCGACGACAUCCGCCGCGAAUUCGACCUCUUCUGGCAAACGCACGCCGCCAACCCGCUCGUGGGCCGCAACUUGAUUCUAUCGAGCAUCUGUCCCAAAGUCUAUGGCAUGUUUAUUGUCAAGCUCGCGGUGGCGCUCACCGUCAUUGGCGGCUGCUCGUAUAUGGACGACACGGGCAUGAAGACGCGGGGCGACUCGCACAUGCUCCUCAUCGGCGAUCCUGGCACUGGCAAGUCCCAAUUCUUGCGCUUCACGGCCGAGCUCAGUCCUCGCUCGGUGCUGACGACGGGGAUUGGCACCACGAGCGCCGGGCUUACGUGCACGGCUGUCAAGGACGGUGGCGAGUGGAUGCUAGAAGCCGGCGCGCUCGUCUUGGCAGACCGGGGCGUCUGCUGCAUUGAUGAGUUUAGCAGUAUCACGGCCCAUGACCGCGCGUCGAUCCACGAAGCCAUGGAGCAACAGACGCUAAGCGUUGCGAAAGCGGGUCUCGUGUGCACACUCAACACGCGCACGACGGUCUUUGCCGUGACCAACCCCAAGGGCCGGUACGACCCGAAUGCCGAUAUGUCGGUCAACACGGCGAUCGCGAGCCCCUUGUUGAGUCGAUUUGACAUUAUUUUGGUCCUGCUGGACACGGUGCAACGCGAUUGGGAUCGCCGCGUCUCGUCGUUCAUUUUGAACCAAGCGUCGACCGAAGAUACGACGCCCGACGAAGAAGAGACGUUGGCUAUGAAAGAAGAAGCCGACGGAGAGGAAGCGAUGCGCAAGCACCUCUGGUCCGUGGCCAAACUCCAGGCCUACAUUUGCUACGUCAAAGAAAUGUUUCAACCCCGGCUCACGCGCGAGUCCAUGACGGUGCUGCAGCGCUACUACCAGAUGCAGCGAUCGUCCGACGUGCGCAACGCCGCCCGAACGACGAUUCGGCUCUUGGAGAGCUUGACCCGCAUUUCCCAGGCGCACGCCAAGCUCAUGUGCCGUGACGAAGUGACUGUGCAGGACGCCAUCAUGGCCGUGUACGUGACCGAAACAUCCAAGUCGGCUGACUCGAUGUUUGGUUACGAGUCGGUGCUCCAUAAGAGCUUUGCGCUGGACCCGCUCGAAGAGUACUACCAGAUCGAGCAUUGCAUCUUGAGCCACUUGACGCUACUCGAAUAUUGUUCCAAGACGCCGCCGCCCGCGUCGCACGACUUUGGUGGCGAUGGCGACCUGUAUGAAGGCGAUGACGUCUACGAUGCGUACGAAGAGGAAGUCAAAGUGGUCAAAAGUCCCAUUCCCAGACCGACAGUGACGGCGAGCCAAGCAGCAAAUCGGUGGAGCCAAGCGAUCGAAGCGCGACGGAGCCAGGUAAUUUCAACCCGAUGGAUAUGA